UAAAAUUUGAUAUAGACUACAGAAAUCCCGCGUCAGUAGCAUCACUAGUCUCCAAACAUGGCAGGACGUAGUGGUUUUGACGAUGGUAAUCCCAGGGAUUUCGGUGGCGGCAGGAGGACACUCGGUGGCCGCCAGCUCCCUUCCGAGCCCCCAUACAAGGCUUAUGUCGGAAACUUGCCCUCGGGUAUUAUCCAGGGUGACAUCAACAGAAUUUUCCCUGACCUAGCAAUAAAAAAUGUGAGGUUGGUUAUGGAUAGAGAAACAGACAAAUUUAAAGGCUUCUGCUAUGUGGAGUUUGAAUACCUCGAGGACUUGGUCAAAGCGAUUGAGAUGAAUGGAGCUCUAAAUGUAGAUGGUAAUUUUAUCAAAAUUGAUGUCGCUGAAGAAAAAAGAAACGACCGAGGGGGCGGUUUCGCCGGCGGGCGGCGGGACGGCGGGCGUGACGGCGGCCGUGACGGCGGGCGCGGCGGCGGCGGCGGCGGGUUCCGGCGUGACGGCGGCGGCCGCGGUAUGUACGACCACUUCGAAGUCGCCGACCGCCGCGCGCCACGACAGGCAGGAGGGUUCACACAUGAACGCGAGCGAGGGGCCGGCGGCGGUGGCGGCGGCGGCGCGGGCGGCGAGCGGUGGGCCGAGGGUGGGCGCGGCUCGCGCGGCGGGUCUGAGGAGCCCCGCGGCGGCGGCGAGUGGGGCCGCAUGGGCCGCUCCGGAGGCGGCGGCGGCGGGGGCGGGGGCGCCGCUCCGCCCGCGCAGCGCCCGCCGCGCCGCAACUUUGAUGACAUGCCCCCGGCACGUCCAGAUACCUCAGGCAGACCAAAGCUGAAGCUGGAGCCGCGAACGGUGAAGGAGCCGGUGAACUCGCUGGCGUCGACCAGCCAGGCGUCGUCGAUAUUCGGCGGCGCGCGGCCGCGGGAAGAGCGGCUAAAGGAGCUGGCGGGCGAGUAAGCGCCGCGUCCCCGCGCCCGACGAUGAUCCCUUAUGUGUGCCCCGUUAUUUAAUGUGCAGACUAAAAUUGUAUAUGAACUCGAAGGAUUUUUGUUAGGUUAUGAGGUUGUAAAUCAUUUUUAUCGUAUAUUUUGUUAGCAUUAUUAUGUGUCGAUGAGCUUACCGUUUCGCCGCGGCCGCAGCCCGCGCUGCGCCCGCGCGCGACGCUUCGUUACUCUCAGUGUAAAUUGCUAGCGGACGUUUACCGUUAAACUCUCUGAGCUUGUGUGUUAGAUAUCGGCUUGCAUAAUAUUUAUGUCUCAGAAAAUAUUUUUUCGUUUGUGAUCAUAUUUGCUGAUACGUCUUAGUACAGCGAAGCGAUUAAUUUUAUUUUUACCGUCUGUGGCGAUUUAGAGCUUCGUAACUGAUUCUCUGUUGUAAUUGUUUAUCAUUUUAUCGAUUGUUUAGUUUUAUAGGUCGCGAAAAUUAAUCAUUGAUUGAGUAAUUAUGAUACAUAAUUUAAGAGUUGAUAAUAUGGUGAUGUAAUAAUUACGGUGUCAUUAAUAAAAUUAACUUCCACGUACUUGGAUUUCUACUUUAUUAGAUAUUGUGUAAUGUAAUGAGUUACGUGGCAAAGAAAUUGAAAAAAAAAAUCGCAAAAUUGUAACAGAACAUAGCAAAAAAAUAAAUAAAAAGUGAACACUUUAUAA